UUCGCUCGCAGCUUCUCCUCACCACAUCCCAACCAUGGCUGUGUUUCUGCAACUGCUACCGCUGCUGCUCUUGAGGGCCCAAGGGAACCAAGGGGCUUCUCUGGACGGCCGCCCUGGGGACCGGGUGAAUCUCUCUUGCGUAGGAGUCUCUCACCCCAUCCGCUGGGUCUGGGCGCCCAGCUUUCCGGCCUGCAAGGGCCUCUCCAAAGGACGCCGACCGAUCCUGUGGGCCUCUUCGAGCGGGACCCCUACCGUGCCUCCCCUCCAGCCUUUUGUAGGCCGCCUUCGCUCCCUGGACUCUGGUAUCCGGCGGCUGGAGCUCCUCUUGAGCGCGGGGGACUCGGGCACCUUUUUCUGCAAGGGCCGCCACGAGGACGAGAGCCGUACAGUGCUUCACGUGCUGGGGGACAGGACCUAUUGCAAGACUCCCGGGCCUACCCAUGGGUCCCUGUAUCCCCAGCUCCUGAUCCCGCUGCUGGGCGCUGGGCUGGUGCUGGGACUGGGAGCUUUGGGCCUGGUCUGGUGGCUGCACAGGCGCCUGCCCCCGCAACCGAUUCGACCACUCCCUAGAUUUGCUCUGUCCCCCCCACAUAGCUCCACUUGUGAAAACCGAGCCCCAGAGGCCAGUAAAGGAGGAAGAGCCCAAGAUUCCAGGGGACCUGGACCAGGAACCGAGCCUGCUCUAUGCGGAUCUGGACCAUCUAGCCCUCAGCAGGCCCCGCCGGCUGUCCACAGUGGACCCUGCUGAUGCCUCCACCAUCUAUGCGGUUGUAGUUUGAAGGGAAGCCCUUACUCCAAACCUCCCAAGCUAGGGGAUCCCAGCUACCCAUAAUCCCUCUCCCCUCCUUGGUCCCUCACCUGGAAGAGGAAGGCACCAUGGUAUAGAAAUAAGUGCUAGACUGGGAGUCGGGAGACCUGGGCUCUAGGCUGUCUCUGCCACUGAUCUUACUCCUAAACUUACUCACAUCUCUCCUAUAACCUCCAUGUCUCCCUCACCACCGGUGUCGUCUGUAUAUCCAAUCAAGCCCUAGCUCCUAUCUCACGACAUCAAAAGUCCCAGACAGUUGCCUUAUCUCUUCCCUUCCCUUCACAGUCAAGCUUUGGAACCAGGGGCAUACACCUGCCUCUUCCAUUUUCUUCUCCUUCACUUUAUCCCCACUGCUCAUCUGUUGAAAUUGCUUAUCUGCUCUCCAUAAGAUUGCCAGUAACGUCCUAAUAGCCACACCCAGUAGACAUUUUUAGCAUUCAUCUGGUUUGGUCUCCGAUUACUCCAUUCCUUUUUUUUUUUUUUUUGAGAUAGAGUCUCGCUCUGUCGCCCAGGCUGGAGUGC